AUAUCCUGAGGAAGUCGGGGAGAAUGGGUGACAUCGACAAGAAAAUCACCCACGUUCUGUUUUGCGGGCCACAUUUCCCUGCUUCUCAGGAUUACACGAGAGAAUAUUUGGUCGAUUAUUCUUUUGUCCAGGUUGAUGAUGUACCCCUUGCUGCUGUGCCUGAUGUUAUCGAGAAGUACGAUAUCUGUAUAGUGAAAAGCAUGAAGUUAGAUUUUAAUGUCCUCUCUCGUGCAAAAAAGAUGAAGCUUGUAAUGCAGUUUGGUGUUGGACUGGAAGGCGUUGAUAUUGAUGCUGCGACAAAGUUUGGAAUCAAAGUCGCUCGAAUUCCAAGUCAUGCAACUGGAAAUGCAGCCUCGUGUGCAGAAAUGGCCAUUUAUCUCAUGUUGGGCCUUCUUCGGAAGCAAAAUGAGAUGCAAACUUCCAUAAAGCAGAGAAUGCUUGGAGGCCCAAUUGGUGAAACGCUACUUGGAAAAACAGUCUUCAUUUUAGGAUAUGGAAAUAUUGGAAUGGAUUUGGCAAAGCGCUUGAAACCUUUUGGUGUGAAAAUUAUUGCCACAAAACGGAAUUGGGACACCCAUUUAGAUUAUUCGUGCCAGUCAAAUGGUGACUUGGUUGACGAAAAGGGUGGUCAUGAAGAUAUCCAUACAUUUGCAAGCAGUGCGGACAUUGUUGUUGUUUGUUUGUGUUUAAAUAUUGAAACAGUUGGCAUUGUUAACAAGUCAUUUAUAUCAUCAAUGAGAAAGGGUGCCCUUUUGGUAAAUAUUGCCCGAGGAGGUCUGCUGGACUAUGAUGCUGUUCUAUAUUCCCUCAAGUCCGGCCACCUAGGUGGCUUGGGCAUGGAUGUCGCUUGGACUGAGCCAUUUGAUCCAGAUGAUCCCAUUUUGAAGUUGAAAAAUGUUUUGAUCACACCUCAUGUUGCAGGUUCUACUGAGUAUUCUUACAGAUCCACGUCAAAGGUAGUGGGUGAUGUUGCUAUUCAACUUCAUGAAGGGAAGCCUUUGACAGGACUGGAGUUUGUCAACUGAUAAUUUGAGCUAAUUAAUCAAUUGGUACAUUGAGGACUUGUAUUUGUAAUUGGAGUGGUUUCUAGCUUAAAGCGAUCAUCUUUUAGUGAAGUAGAUGAUGAA